AUGUCGUGUACACCGCAAACCUCGCCUCCUAAACGACCAAGGCUCAGCCUUCAGAUCAAGACGCCUACGACGGCGGUAACAUUUGGAAAGUCAUCGACGGCGGUGAAAGCGGAUCUAGAUCCAUCAUCACCAACAGGAUUUAAUACAUUAGCAAAUGCAUAUGCGACGGCAAUCGAAAAUGCUUCGCCUAGAACCACAAAACCUCCAGUGGACUUCAAAUUAAAACCAACAUCAUUACGAUUAGAGACCAAGAACUUUGACAAUGGAGGAUAUGUUCAUCCAACGAAACGAACCCAGACACCAGGUCCAUUCGCAAUUACAUAUCCAGAUACUCCAAGUUCCGCAUUAGCAGGCAGGACACCCGUAAGCGGACGAGGAGAAAAGAACCCGGCCGCAACAGCAUUUACAUUUACACCACCCCAAUCCGCGGGAGCAGGAGAACAACUAUUACCACGAGUCUUCACAUUCGAUUCUAAUACACCCAAAACCCCCAACGACACACCACCCACCCCCCGCACCGCCCGUCGACGAGCACAAUCCCAUCACACACCCGGCUCCCUCCCAUAUACCCACCCACGCACCCUCCACUCCAUCCUCCGCAACUCCCCUCUACCUCCCCCCUCCACCAUCGUCCCCCUCACCCCCUCCCGCUCCUCCCUCCGCAUCUCCUCGCGCGCCGCCAAAAAAGUCGAAUACCAAACCCCCCUCACCCAAACCAUCACCACGGCCAAAUACAUAAAAUCGCACAUCGAGCUGCUGGCCGAAGACUCACCGUACUCCGCGCACCCCCCAGCUUCAGACAUCGAAUCGCUCGACCUCGCACUAGCAGAGACCAACGCCGUGCGUGACGGCGGCCAAACACCCGGUCCAUUCGAAGACAUGCGCCGCCGAAUGGCAGACCAGGAGAUCGAACCUGAGAACCCCGACGCGAAGCGCAGGAAGCGCAAAGAGAAGAAGCGGAAGUGGGAGUGGACGAUCAACAGUGAAGGCGGGGAGCUGAUCACGCCGUUGGAGGACGAGCAGGGGCCGAUGAGAAGGAAGAUCGCGGGGUUGGGUGGGAAGGUGGUUAUUCCGCCUAGUCCGGCCGUGGAGAGGGAGGCGAGCGUUAGUACGGAUAGUGAGAUGAGUGAGGUUGAGGAGCGCAUGGUUAUGCCUUGUGUGCCGAGAUUGGUGGUGCCUGUGCCGAGGAAGGGGAGUGAGGAUUCGAACUCGAGUAUACAGGAGGGGGAGAGGGGGCCGCCGAAGCUUUCUUUGAGUAUAUGA